UUAUUUACUUAAUAUCUAUGAAACCUUGUGAAGAUUUGCUUCGCUUCAAUAAAUGUUUUAAAAUCUGUACCACAAAUCAGUACUAAAUACUAUAAAGUGGUAAUUACCGAAUUCGCGUCUGCGUCUAAGGUCGAGCAUGUUCGAAAAAAUCCUGACUGAAUCUCAAAAAUUACUCUAACCGCAGUAUGACACUCAAAACCCUUGACCUCACAUAUCAAUCAUAGAAAAAUAUAAGCGUAUGACGCCCUCCAAUUAACCAAAACUUCCUAUUCGGAUGGUGGCAUCUCCCGUGCUUACACAACCUAAGCUAUCCUUUCUCCGCCCCACCGCGGCCAUACUUUAGUAUAUAUCACCAGGCACCAUCCAAGAACAUCACAUUACUUCGCUACGUUCCGAAGUGACCCAUCACUAAACAUCAUGAAAGCCUUCGUAGCGUGCAUAGCCCUCGCGUUGGUGGCGUGUGCCAGCGCCGAGCCCCCGUCCGGCUACAACUACAACCGUCCCUCCGGCGGCGGCGGCGGUGGCUUCCACGGCGGCAGCGGCGGCGGUCUCAGCGGCGGCGGUGGCUACCAGGCCGUUUCCACCGGCUACCAGACCUCUGAGGGACAGAACGUCGACCCCCAGCUCCUUGAGCAGAUCCGCUCCAUCCUCCUGAAGGAGGAGGCCUCAUCCGGCAGCGGAUUCGGCGGUGGUCACGGAGGACAGGGCGGUGGCGCUCCUUCCUCAUCCUACGGAGUGCCCUCAUCCUCCUACGGCGCCCCCUCCUCCAGCUACGGCGUGCCCUCUGCCCGCGUGGUCGGUAUCGCCCUUGAGGGAGUCCGUCAGGCCAUCCAGGUCGCCCAGUACCAGCAGACCAGCGGCUCCUCCGGCGGCUACCCCGCGGCCGUGCCCUCCGGCAGCUACGGUGCCCCCUCCGGCAGCUACGGCGCUCCUUACUAAAUUAACUAAUAUAUCCGAACUUGUCAAGUACAUUUAGACGAGUAACAUCAAGGAUUAUUGUAAAAUAGCAAGUUGUCUAAAUGCCGUAGUCACAUAAAGUUCGGAUGGUCGACGUUAUUCGAGCUCGCUCACAACAUCCCCGAGCCGCUCGAAUGUUUAUUCGAAUUGGUCGGCAAUCACGUACAAUGUAGGUGAUGCCGGCCCUGGCCGCUGUCACCGCCGGCCAACGCUUGCGACUGUGCACGCACACGGGUGAACAUCUCCCAGCGGCUAACCAGUCGCGGGUGGCCGACUCCAACAGCUGUCACUUCUGUCAAACCGACAGGGUCUCAGCUGGCGGACCGCGCCAUACAACUCGAAGUGGCUAGCCGCUGGGUCUAACUCACAUUUGUAUAAAGUUUAUCGUAAGGUUAGCUUAUUUGUAUUAUUAAGUUUAUGUUUUUUUUUAUUUUACAAAAAAAGAAAAAUAAAUACAUUUUGACACCGUAA